AUGAGACCGUUGACUGAUGAGGAAACUGAAUUGGUGUUCAAAAAAUUGGCCAGUUAUAUUGGUGAUAAUAUCCGUCAUUUAGUGGAUAGGGAUGAUUUGCAAUAUUGCUUUCGUUAUCAUAAAGUAACGCGACUGGAUCGAGUGUAUUACUGCAGUAAAGCACUGAUGCAGAAAGCGGCAUGCAUAAGUCGAGAGAAGUUGUUAAGCUUUGGUAGUUGUUUGGGUAAAUUCACGAAAACCAAAAAAUUCUAUUUGCAUAUUACAGCGCUCGAUUAUAUAGCACCAUAUGCAAAGUAUCGAGUGUGGGUGAAUGCGCAAGGUGAACAACAUUUUCUGUAUGGAAACAAUAUUGUUAAAUCGCUUGUUUCAAGAAUGAGUGAAGGAUGUGAGUCACAUCAGGGUGUUAUUGUUCACAAUAUGAAUGACAUACCGAUAGGAUUUGGAGUAACUUCAAAGAGUACAGCGGAGUGCCGAAAAGCUGACCCAACCGCGAUUAUUGUUUUGCAUCAAUGUGAUCUGGGAGAGUACAUACGGCGAGAAUCGUUCUUAACUUGA